AUGAGCUUCAAUAGAUACAAUUCAUAUAGAUUACGCUCUAGAACAGUACAUAAGGCUAGUCGACGGCGGGUUCCAGCAAUGGGACAAGGUGCGGUGAUUCGAGCAAAGCAAAGAGCUGUGUCGUUGUGUACGGAUGUCCUAGAACUAUCUAUCCUCGUUGAACCGGCGAGCGACGAUUGGCACUGGGUGCUCGAGAUUAACAGGCUACCACAGGUCGGUGAGGAGUGGAAAGAAGGUCAAGCCGUGAUGUUUCAACGAACAAUGCUGGCAAGUCAGCUUAUUUCGAGGAAUGUGUGGGGUUCGACGCGCGCUACACGAGCUCCGUAUGCGGAGCUCGUAACGCGAGCGUUGAGAUUACCAAGGUUAGUGGCUGGAUACAGCUCAGGCCGAAUCCAGCCUAGACUGAUGUCAGUCUCGAAACAAACUCUCGGAAGAAGCUACUUCACGGCGUCAAAAAUGUCAUGUGGGAAAUGCGAGAAGGCGAAACAGCACUUGCAUGCAAAAGGGUAUGUACAUGAGGAGGGGAGAGGUGAGUCUUACGAUUACAACGGGGUUGUCCUUUAA